AUGUUGCUCCUACGCAUACGGCAGCCUCCGCAAACGACACGUAGCCUCCUCACGCUGCGACAAUGCGCUCUCCGCCCAGUCCUCCGGAAAUCUUUUCCUUACCAACGAUGUAGUCUGAGACGGCCCUUCGCCUCCGCACCGCCGCCCACCGGUCCUCGGGCCGUCACACCACCAAAACCGUCCGUCGCCGGAGGCUCUGCCCGGGCCGGGAGCGCACAACUGCCCGAAAGACUACUCAUCUAUCACGCCGGCACUGGCCGGACGGCCUUCCUGGCCUUUUGGAAGAUCACCGCCGUCUUCUCGUGCGCCUUCUUCUGCUUAGUGGCCGCUCCCAGCUACGUCCGCGCCGAAGACAAGACGCUCACGCAGGCAGCGGGAUUGGCCGCCUGCGGCAUAAUCCCCUUCCUCUUCGUAUCCUACACCUCAGCCCCCUUUGUAACCUACAUCUACCUCCGCCUGCCCCCUUACGCGCGACAAUCCCGCACCCUCCUGGAACGCUACGUGCGCGCCCUCCCGCCCACGGCCCAGCUCGAGCUCGGCACAAUGGGCCUGGCGACCCGUCCCCGGACGACCCUCGUCACGGCCGCCGAGCUCCGCCCCGUACCCGCCGCAGGCGCGGGAGCGGGGACCCUGGCCACGCGCUUCGGCAUCGUCACGCAUACCAAGGACGUCUCGGCGCUGAUGGCGCAGCGGAAGUGGUACCACUACCGUCCCGUCGGCCAGUUCGGCAUCAAUACGGGUCUCGAGACGAGUCGCAAGAGCAGCAGCGGUGGUGGCGGCAAGGGCGUGAGUCACGGCGUCAAGGAUGGCUGGGUCUGGAACAUUGUGCGCGAGUCGCUCGGUAAGCGCAAGUGA